AUGAUUGAGAGAGAGAGAGAGAGAGUCAUCUUCGAUUCCACGACUGUCCGACCCCGGCUUGCCACCAUCUAGCUUAGCUAAAUCAAUGGCAGCAAAGAAGCGAGGUGUAGUGGUGGCUGUUUGUUAUUAUCUGUUGAUGAUUACAUGGAUGUCGCUGCUGGUGCUACAGAAUCACCACCAUUUUGUUGACUCCACAGCAGCAGCAACGCUGCAGGAACAGGAAGAGGAAAAAAUCGCCCUUUUCAGUCUCUUAGAUAGUACCAAGCAAAAGCCACAAGUUAAAUGGACUACUGUCACACCUAACGCCUGCAAAUGGCCCGGAGUCACCUGCGACGAAAAUGACCGCGUCAAGUGUCUCAACCUCCCCGGAAAAAGUUUCAUUGGUCGGAUCCCGGAGAAUACAAUCGGUAAAUUGACAAAACUUCGAGUACUCAGUAUCCCGCAUAAUGGCUUCACCGGCACUCUUCCAUCGGACUUGUCAAACCUAACCCUUCUCCGGACACUAAACCUGCGGAACAACAAGUUUGAUGGAAAAUUUCCAACUCUAAUCACCCAUUUAAGGGCUUUGAAAUUCGUAGAUCUGGCAGUGAACAAAUUUAGUGGAGAGAUUCCUUGCGAAAUCCAAAAUAUGCCCAUUCUCGUUGAACUACGUCUGGAAAACAAUUCAUUUACAGGUAAUCUACCGGGACUUCACUUCCUUAGAUCAGUCAAUUUCAGCGUGGCAAACAACAACAUCAAUGGGGUGGUUCCCACAACCCUUUCCAACUUACCCUUUAAGGCUUUCACCGGAAACCCUCUAAUGUGUGGCGAGCCUCUAUUUUCGCGGUGCAUUUACAACACAAAUCAGUCUCAUUUCUUUUUCAGGAAAUACUGCCCUGCCUUAACCCCUCAACCGAAUCCGGCAAUAGCCACCUUUGCAAUGUCGGGAGGAGCCGCUCUAUUCCUUUUACUUUUCCUUGUAAUUCUCCUUUUCCCAGUUCGAAGGAAACAACGUCCGACCACCAACUCCGACAAGAUUCAGACCAAAUCCCAAUCAAAGAGCAGCUUUCAUCAAAGGAGGAAACUGAUUAUCUUUCCAGAGAAUAAUCAAAACAGUACUAAUACUGAUUCAUCAUCAUGGGCUAAUGGAAUUGAUGCUACUGAUAUUAUGUCCGGGGGAUCAGUACUGAUGAAGCCGCCGCCGUUGGCAAAGGGUGUGAUUGGGACGUCGUACAAGGUUGAGUUAAUGUCAGUGACAGAUAAAGUGUUGGUGGUCAAGCACCUCAUGGAUCCGGAGGCGGUGGUCUCCGACGAGCUUGAUUUUGCCAAUAAAAUGGAGUUCCUGGGAAAGAUUAGGCAUGGCAACGUGAUGCCUCUCAGAGGAUAUUGUAUUUACGAAGAAGAAUACUUGAUGAUCUACGAUUUCAUUCCCGGCGGUAGUUUGUAUGAUUGUCUUCACGUUAAUGGGUUUCAUUUGGAUUGGGAGAGCCGGAAGAGAAUAGCAUUGGGCGUGGCGAGAGGUCUAGCCCACCUGCACACGAAGAAGAAACUGGUUCACGGUAACAUCAAAUCCUCUAACAUUCUUCUCCAUGGGGAAUACCCUGCUGCCCUUGACGCCUAUGUGGCGGACUUUGGCCUAACCGCCACGCCGCCAACAAGCUAUUAUGGCCCGGAAACAUCAACAACAACAACUGUGGACACCAAUAUUAAAGACGAUGUUUAUGCAUUCGGCGUUCUCCUACUGGAACUGUUGAGUGGAAAGUCGCCGGAAAUGCAAUCAUCUGCUGCUGCUGCUGCUUCAGAAGGGGGGACGUCGAGUGAUAAUGAUGAGAAGAAGAAGAUGGGCAUGGUUUGUCUGCGGCAGAUAGCAAAGCAGUGUACGCACGAAGCAGCAAAUGAGAGGCCCGAGAUGGAGAAAGUGGCUCGCAUGAUUGAGAAUAUUGACGAUGUGAAGAACAUGAGUAGGGAGGAUGAUCAAAAGCUCACUCAUGAGAUCUCUGAGGAAGAUAGCUUGCUUUAUCCGGGCACACCUCCUCCUCCUCCAGCUUUUACACCAUAAACGGUGUCUCAUUCAUGUUUUUUUUCUUUGGUUCAUGUCUAGUGUCUCUGUCUCUGUCUCUGUCUCAGUCUCAGUGUUUGCUUGUACACCAUAAACCGUCGUAUUCUCAGUGUCUUUCCUUCUCCUAAUCCCAAACCUUCUACUUUCAGUAAGUAGUAAUGCAAUUUGUAAUUUGUAAAAAAAUGAUUUGCAUAUCUAAUUAUCCACUGUUUGUACU